AUGCUGUCCUCGCAAGCCGUGCUGUCGUCGAUAUCCGUGCUGUCCUCGCAAGCCGUGCUGUCCUUGCAAGCUUUGCUGUCGGCGCAAGCUGUGCUGUCCGCCCAAGUUGUGCUGCCCUCCCAAGUUGUGCUGUCCUCUCAAGUUGUGCUGUCCUCUCAAGUUGAGCUGUCGUCUCAGGUUGAGCUGUCCUCUCAAGUUGAGCUGUCCUCUCAAGUUGAGCUGUCCUCUCAACUUGAGCUGUCCUCUAAAGUUGAGCUGUCUUCUCUAGUUGAUCUGUCCUCUCUAGUUGAGCUGUCCUCUGUAGUUGAGCUGUCUUCCCUAGUUGAGCUGUCGUCUCUAGUUGAGCUGUCCUCUCUAGUUGAGCUGUUCUCUCACGUUGAGCCGUCCUCACAAGUUGAGCUGUCCUCUCAAGUUGAGCUGUCCUCGCAAGCAGUGCUGUCCUCGCAAGCUGUGCUGUCCUCGCAAGCUAAAGCCGUGCUGUCCUGGCAAGCUGUGCUGUCCUCACAAGCAUUGCUGUCCUCGCAAGUUGUGCUUUCCUCUCAAGUAGCGCUGUCCUCUCAAGUUGGGCUGUCCUCUCACGUUGAGCUGACCUCUCAAGUUGAGCUGUCCUCUGACGUUGAGCUGUCCUCUCAAGUUGAGCUGUCCUCUCAAGUUGAGCUGUCCUCUCAAGUUGAGCUGUCCUCGCAGGCUGUGCCGUCUACGCAAGCUGUGCCGUCUUUGCAAGGUGUGCUGUCCUCGCAAGCUGUGCUGUCCUCGCAAGCUGUGCUGUCCUUGCAAGCUGUACUGUCCUCGCAAGCUGUGCUGUCCUCGCAAGCUGUGCUGUCCUCGCAAGCUGUGCUGUCCUCGCAAGCUGUGCUGACCUCGCAAGCUGUGCUGUCCUCGCAAGCUGUGCUGUCCUCACAAGCUGUGCUGUCCUCACAAGCUGUGCUGUCCUCUUGGCCUCUCCUUCAAGUUGAGCUGUCCUCUGAUGUUGAGCUGUCCUCUCUAGAUGAGCUGUCCUCUCAAGUUGAGCUGUCCUCUCAAGUUGAGCUGUCCUCUCAAGUUAAGCUGUCCUCUCAAGUUGAGCUGUCCUCUCAAGUUGAGCUGUCCUCUCACGUUGAGCUGUCCUCUCAAGUUGAGCUAUCCUCGCAAGCGGUGCUGUCCACGCAAGCCUUGCUGUCCUUGCAAGCCGUGCUGUCCUCGCAAGCUUUGCUGUCCUCGCAAGCUUUGCUGUCCUAUCAAGUUGAGCUGUCCUCUCAAGUUGAGCUUUCCUCUCAAGUAGAGCUGUCCUCGCAAGCUGUGCCGUCCACGCAAGCUGUGCCGUCCUCACAAGGUAUGCCGUCCUCGAAAGCUGUGCUGUCCUCGCAAGCUGUGCUGUCCUCGAAAGCUGUGCUGUCCUCGCAAGCUGUGCUGUCCUCGCAAUCUGUGCUGUCCUCGCAAGCCGUGCUGUCCUCGGAAGCCUUGCUGUCCACGCAAGCCUUGCUGUCCUCGCAAGCCAUGCUGUCCUCACAAGCUUUGCUGUCCUCACAAGCUUUGCUGUCCUCGCAAGCUUUGCUGUCCUCGCAAGUUGUGCUGUCCUCGCAAGUUGAGCUGUCCUCUAAAGUUGAGCUGUCCUCUCUAGCUGAGUUGUCCUCUCAGGUUGAGCUUUCCUCUCAGGUUGAGCUGUCCUCCCAAGUUGAGCUGUCCUCGCAAUCUGUGCUGUCCCCGCAAGGUGUGCUGUCCCCGCAAGCUGUGCUGUCCCCACAAGCUGUGCUGACCCCGCAAGCUGUGCCGUCCCCGCAAGCUGUGCCGUCCCCGCAAGCUGUGCUGUCCCCGCCAGCUGUGCUGUCCCCACAAGCUGUGCUGUCCUCGCAAGCUGUGCUGUCCCUGCAAGCUGUGCUGCUCUCGCAAGCUGUGCUGUCCUCGCAAGCUAAAGCCGUGCUGUCCUGGCAAGCUGUGCUGUUCUCGCAAGCUUUGCUGUCCUCGCAAGUUGUGCUGUCCUCGCAAGUUGUGCUUUCCUCUCAAGUAGUGCUGGCCUCUCAAGUUGAGCUGCCCUCUCAAGUUGAGCUGUCAUCUCAAGUUAAGCAGUCCUCUCAGGUUGAGCUGUCUUCUCAAGUUGAGCUGUCCUCUCAAGUUGAGCUGUCCUCUCAAGUUGUGCUGUCCUUUCAAGUUGUGCCGUCCUCUCAAGUUGAGCUGUCCACUCAAGAUGAGCUGUCCUCUCAAGUUGAGCUGUCCUCUCAAGUUGAGCUGUCCUCUCAGGUUGAGGUGUCCUCUCAGGUUGAGAUUUCCUCUCAAGUUGAGCUGUACACUCAAGUUGAGCUGCCCUCUCAAGUUGAGCUGCCCUGUCAAAAUGAGCUGCCCUCUCAAGUUGAGCUGCCCUCUCAAGUUGAGCUGCCCUCUCAAGUUGAGCUGCCCUCUCAAGUUGAGCUGCCCUCUCAAGUUGAGCUGUCCUCUUAA